AUGGAUGAUAUUGAAGUUCCUCAGUAUUUCGUCUGCCCAAUAUCUCUCCAGAUCAUGCAAGACCCUGUGACGGCCAUUACCGGCAUCACAUAUGACCGGGACAGCAUCGAGCACUGGCUUUUCCAGAGCAAGAACACCACAUGCCCGGUCACCAAACAGCCUCUCCCAAGAGACUCAGAAUUAACCCCUAACCAUACCUUACGCCGCUUAAUUCAGGCUUGGUGCACUGAAAAUGCGUCUCAUGGCAUUGAUCGAAUACCAACCCCGAAACCACCUCUGGAUAAGGCUCAAGUCCUUAAGCUCCUCAAGGACUUCUGGAACCCUAAGCUCCAACUGAAAAUCAUUCGAAAAAUCGAGUUCCUCGCGACCAAAAGCGAAGGGAAUAGGAAGUACUUGGUUGACGCUGGCGUGGCUAAGGCCAUGUUGUUGUUCAUCGCAAACAGGUGUUAUAAGGAGGGUCUGGUUGAUGGCCUUGAAGAAGCCCUUAGCAUACUUCACUUUGUUCGGAUUUCAUCCGAAGAACUAAGUCUUCUUUUCAUGGAAAACGAUCAGAUUGUCGAUUCGUUAACGUGGGUUUUUGGUUGCAAAUUGCAGAAUCAAAUCUCGGUGAGCACACAUGCAGUCUUGGUACUAAAAUCGAUCAUCCAAAAGGCAAACUCAAGUGUGCUAGAAACUCUGAACCCUGAUUUCUUCAAGAAACUUGUUGGGGUUUUGAGAAACGGGGUUACGCAACAAGGGACAAACGCAGCUCUACAUAUCAUGUUAGACGCUUGUCCAUGGGGAAGAAACCGAAUCAAGAUGGUCGAUGCCGGGGCGGUUUACGAGCUCAUUGAGCUUGAGUUUGAAGCACCUGAAAAGAAAACCACAGAGCUCAUUUUCGGAAUAUUGUUUCACUUGUGUUCUUGUGCUGAUGGGAGGGCUCAGUUUGUGAGCCACAAAGGAGGCAUCUUUAUUGUGUCGAAUAGACUCUGGAAGGUUUCGCCGUCUGCAGACGACAGAGCCAUUUUGAUCCUUUCUUUGAUCUGCAAGUACUCAGGAACCAACAUGGUGCUUCAGGAAAUGUUGGAGGUUGGAGCUGUUUAUAGGCUUUGUACUUUGCUCCAAGUUGACUGCGCUCCAUACUUGAAAGACAAAGCAAGGCAAAUCCUGAGAUCACAUUCUGAGGAGUGGAAGAAGUGUCCUUGUCUUGGUAUUUCUCUCCGUCACAGAUGA